CUUUCAGUCACCAGACCUCGCUAUGAAACCAGUAACAAUUCUCCAACGUUUGGCUACGGUUCUCCCGCUUGUGGCUGCUUAUCCUGCGGGUCAAAACCAAUCCGAGUAUGAAUACAUUGUGGUCGGAUCUGGAACAGGUGGUGGGACAGUCGCUGCUGGUCUUGCUCGAAAGGGACACUCGGUUUUCUUAAUCGAAGCGGGUGCAGAUCGAGGGGACACUCUACCGCAGAUGGUUCCGGGGUUAUCGACUGUUGCAUCCGAUGAUCCUGAGCAUGCUUGGAGUUUCUGGAUCCGUCACUACCGCAACGAAACGCAGGGUCGUCGAGACUCAAAGUUCACCUAUCGCCUCCCAGAUGGAUCCCUUUACUAUGGGCUGGAACCACCGCCCGAUGCGGAGCCUCUUGGCAUACUUUACCCUCGAGGUGCUACAGUGGGUGGAAGCAGUCAGGUCAACGCGCAGAAUUGGGCCAAAGCGUCCGACAAUGAUUGGGAUUGGGUUGCCAACUAUACGUCUGAUCCCUCAUGGAAUGCACAAGCUAUGGAGCCAUACUUCAUUGCUGUGGAGAAUUGCACCUACUGCGAGCCAGGCACACCUAAUCAUGGAUUUGAUGGUUUUAUAAGCUCGAAUAUCAACAAUGCCACUUACGUGACCGGGAGGCCCUAUGUGGUUGAAUACAUGUCCAACGCCGCCCUGGAAAUAGAGAACAUCACAAUUCAGAACAACGAGCAACUGGCGGAGCUUCUCAAUCGAGACUCCAACUCCCCCGAGCAUAGCUACACGCCAGGAAUCUACGAGAUCAUCACAUCAUCGGACGAGAGAAGACGACGAUCCGGGUCGCGAAACUACGUUGUUGAUACGGUCAAUGCAGGGUUCCCUCUGACUGUCAGCACCGAAUCUUUGGCGACUCGCGUCUUGUUCAACAAGAAUGGAGGCGAUGUUGUGGCUUACGGAGUGGAGUACAUGAAGGGCGAGGCUUUGUACGCUGCUGACUCACGCUAUGAUGCUACACAGUCAGGCGAAUUAAGAACUGUGGUUGCAAGCAAAGAGGUCAUCGUUGCUGGAGGCGUUUUCAAUACACCCCAGCUCCUGAAAUUGAGCGGAGUUGGCCCACGUGAAGAGCUGGAAAAUCUCGGAAUCGAAGUCGUGGUGGAUUCUCCGGCCGUGGGGAGUUACCUGCAAGACCACCCCGAGGGCAUCAUCAGGGUUAAUGCUUCGGUACCUUUUGGAAACGACCCAUUUGAGAACUGUACAAUGCAACUCAACGCUAGCGACCCGUGUUUCGUGCAAUGGCAGGACGAGGGCAUGGGGCCAUACGGCGAAGGGGCCGCGCCGCUCCACAUGCGGUUCAGGAGCAGUGAAAGCGAGAACGAAGACAGCGACGUUUGGAUGUGGGGUUUUGCUGGCUUAGACUUUCGCGGUUUCUACCCCGGUUAUGCACACCCUCUGCCAGCGCCAGACACGAUCUCCAUGUCUAUGCUGAAGUGUCAAACGCCUGGUGACGAAGCAAAAGGGACUGUCACAUUGCGCUCGGCCGAUCCACGUGACGUCCCUGAAGUCAAUUUCGACUGGUUCAACGGGGAACAAGGAAGGAAGGAAUUGAAUGCCAUGGUGGAGGGAGCAGAGCUUCUCAACCGCAUCUUCGAUCGAGCUGCGGAACCCAUCGCUCCUUUUACCCCCGUGCAGCCCGCUGAAGGAGUGGACCUUCGACAGAACUUGCUCGACGAAACUUUCAGUCAUCAUGCUGGCUCCACAUGUCGAAUGGGCCCAGGGAGUGUGCAGACUCAUUGCGUUGAUCCUCAGUUGAGGGUGAACGGAGUGAAGGGUCUGCGAGUUGUGGACGCCUCCGUCUUUCCGCGCGUCAUUAGCAGCUUUCCGAAUUUGCCGAUCACCAUGAUGGCUCACAAAGCUGUCGAUAUCAUAUCAGCGGCGGCAGGGAACUAUUCGCGAGCGGCUUAG